AUGAGUUAUUUUGGAUUUGCUAUACUAUUGUUGGCCUUGUUCACAAGAGUAACCCCUAAAGAAAUCACGGGGAUAUUCACCAGUUUUGACUCGUUAACUUAUUCUGAUGCAGGUAAUUAUGGAUACCAAGGUCCAGGGAAUCCAACAUGGACUGCAACUUUAGGUUGGUCAUUAGAUGGUUCUGUUGCCUCUCCUGGUGAUACAUUCACCUUAAUUAUGCCUUGUGUUUUCAAAUUUACUAGUUCAUCAACAUCAGUGGACUUAACUGCUGAUGGUGUAACUUAUGCUACUUGUAAAUUGAAUAAUGGAGAAGAAUUUACCACAUUUUCUAGUAUGUCUUGUGUUGUUAAUAGUGCUUUAACUUCUGAUACUCAAGCAUUUGGAACUGUCACUGUACCAUUCUCGUUUAAUGUUGGUGGUACUGGUUCUUCUGUUGAUUUAGAGGACUCCACUUGUUUUACUGCUGGUACCAAUACUGUUACUUUUAAAGAUGGUGAUAAUGAACUCUCGAUCAAUGCCGUUUUUGAGAAAACCACUGCUUCAGUAUCAGAUGAAAUUAUUUUUGUCAGAUCAGUUCCUUCCAUUGGUAAAUUGCAACAGAUUUCUAUUGCAAAAGAUUGUCCAAGUGGGUAUGAAAGUGGUUAUAUGAGUAUAAUUAUUAGAGAUAAUUCUGCUGUUAUGGAUUGUUCUUCAACUCAUAUUGGUAUUACUAAUGAUCUUAAUGAUUGGAAUCAACCAACAAAUUCUGAAACAUUUUCUUAUACUGAGAGCUGUUCUGCUACAAACUUUACUAUUUCAUUCACUGAUAUCGAAGCUGGUUAUAGACCAUUUAUGGAUUCAUUCCUCACUGCAACCGCCAAUGCAAGAUUUAAUGUUGACUAUAUUUACAAGUAUACUUGUAAAAAUGGUGACACGGUUGAUAAAACUAAUAGUAGAGUUUAUGCUCCUUAUAUCAACAGUAAUACUGAUAGUAAUGGGGCUAUUUUAGUUAUCACUACAAGAACCGGUACACAAUCAACUACUGGUGUUACUACUUUACCUUUUGAUCCAAGUAAAGAUCAUACUAAAACAGUCGAAGUUAUUGAACCAAUUCCAACAACAACAAUCACAACUUCAUAUGUCGGUGUCACUACUUCCUAUACCACCAUUACAGGUACAAUUGGUGGAACUGCUACCGUUAUUGUUGAUGAACCGUAUCAUACCACAACCACCGUUUACACAUCUUGGACUGGUGAAGGAACCACAUCAUAUACUGUUACCGCUUCAACUGAUUCAGUAGACACUGUGUAUGUUGAAACCCCCGUACCAAAUCCAACUGUUACUACCACUGAAUAUGGCUCUGUUUCUGCUGCUACUACCUACACCGAAACUGCUACUCACGGUGGUACCGACACUGUUCACAUCAUUGAACCAACUUCAGAAUCAUCUUCACUUAUCCAAUCUUCCAGUGUUGAAUCUUCCACUGCUGAAUCUUCCAGUGUUGAAUCUUCCACUGCUGAAUCUUCCACUGCUGAAUCUUCCACUGUUGAAUCUUCCAGUGCUGAAUCUUCCAGUGCUGAAUCUUCUUCUGUUGCAUCUUCUGCUGUUGAAAGUUCAACUGCACAAUCAUCUGAUUUAGAAUCCACUGUUGCUGAAUCUUCCAGUGUUGAACCUUCUUCUGCUGAAUCUUCCAGUGUUGAAUCUUCCAGUGCCGAAUCUUCCACUGCUGAAUCUUCCACUGUUGAAUCUUCUACUGCUGAAUCUUCCAGUGCUGAAUCUUCUUCUGUUGAAUCUUCUACUGUUGAAACUUCAACUGCACAAUCAUCUGAUGUUGAAUCUACUGUUGCUGAAUCUUCCAGUGUUGAAUCUUCCAGUGCUGAAUCUUUUAGUGCUGAAUCUUCCACUGCUGAAUCCUCCAUUGUUGAAUCUUCCAGUGUUGAAUCUUCCAGUGCUGAAUCUUCCACUGUUGAAUCUUCCAGUGCUGAAUCUUCUUCUGCUGAAUCUUCUGCUAUUGAAUCAUCCAGUAUUGAGUCAUACAGUGCUGAAUCCUCCAGUGUUGAAUCUUCAAGUGUUGAAUCUUCUGCUAUUGAAUCUUCCACUGCUGAAUCCUCCAUUGUUGAAUCUUCCAGUGUUGAAUCUUCCAGUGCUGAAUCUUCCAGUGCUGAAUCUUCCAGUGUUAAAUCUUCCACUGCUGAACCUUCUUCUGUUGCUUCUUCUACUGUUGAAUCCUCCAGUGCUGAAUCUUCCAGUGCUGAAUCUUCUUCUGUUGCAUCUUCUACUGUUGAAAGUUCAACUGCACAAUCAUCUGAUGUAGAAUCCACUGUUGCUGAAUCUUCCAGUGUUGAACCUUCUUCUGCUGAAUCUUCCAGUGUUGAAUCUUCCAGUGCUGAAUCUUCUUCUGUUGCAUCUUCUACUGUUGAAAGUUCAACUGCACAAUCAUCUGAUUUAGAAUCCACUGUUGCUGAAUCUUCCAGUGUUGAACCUUCUUCUGCUGAAUCUUCCAGUGUUGAAUCUUCCACUGCUGAAUCUUCUGCUGAAUCUUCUGCUGAAUCUUCUGCUAUUGAAUCCUCCAGUGCUGAAUCUUCCAGUGUUGAAUCUUCCAGUGCUGAAUCUUCCAGUGCUGAAUCUUCCACUGUUGAAUCUUCCAGUGCUGAAUCUUCUUCUGCUGAAUCUUCUGCUAUUGAAUCAUCCAGUAUUGAGUCAUACAGUGCUGAAUCCUCCAGUGUUGAAUCUUCAAGUGUUGAAUCUUCUGCUAUUGAAUCUUCCACUGCUGAAUCCUCCAUUGUUGAAUCUUCCAGUGUUGAAUCUUCCAGUGCUGAAUCUUCCAGUGCUGAAUCUUCCAGUGUUGAAUCUUCCACUGCUGAACCUUCUUCUGUUGCUUCUUCUACUGUUGAAUCUUCCACUGCUGAAUCCUCCAUUGUUGAAUCUUCCACUGUUGAAUCUUCCAGUGCUGAAUCUUCCAGUGCUGAAUCUUCUUCUGCUGAAUCUUCUGCUAUUGAAUCAUCCAGUAUUGAGUCAUACAGUGCUGAAUCCUCCAGUGUUGAAUCUUCAAGUGUUGAAUCUUCUGCUAUUGAAUCUUCCACUGCUGAAUCCUCCAUUGUUGAAUCUUCCAUUGUUGAAUCUUCCAGUGUUGAAUCUUCCAGUGCUGAAUUUUCCAGUGCUGAAUCUUCCACUGCUGAACCUUCUUCUGUUGCUUCUUCUACUGUUGAAUCCUCCAGUGCUGAAUCUUCCAGUGUUGAAUCUUCCACUGCUGAAUCUUCCACUGCUGAAUCUUCUGCUAUUGAACCUUCUUCUGUUGCAUCUUCUACUGUUGAAAGUUCAACUGCACAAUCAUCUGAUUUAGAAUCCACCGUUGCUGAAUCUUCCAGUGUUGAAUCUUCUUCUGCUGAAUCUUCUUCUGCUGAAUCUUCCAGUGCUGAAUCUUCUUCUGUUGCAUCUUCUACUGUUGAAAGUUUAACUGCACAAUCAUCUGAUUUAGAAUCCACUGUUGCUGAAUCUUCUGCUAUUGAAUCUUCCACUGCUGAAUCCUCCAUUGUUGAAUCUUCCAGUUUUGAAUCUUCUUCUGCUGAAUCCUCCACUGCUGAAUCCUCCAUUGUUGAAUCCUCCACUGCUGAAUCUUCUUCUGCUGAAUCUUCCAGUGCUGAAUCUUCCAGUGUUGAAUCUUCUUCUGUUGCAUCUUCUACUGUUGAAAGUUCAACUGCACAAUCAUCUGAUUUUAGAAUCUACUGUUGCUGA